CGCUAGUGGUUUUUUUUAUUUAUUAUUUUAUGAUUGGCUGAAGAAAUUUGAACUAGACAAUUCUGAGAAAUUUGAGUGAAAAGCGGGAGUGAAGUGAGGAUGACGGAACAGAUCAAUGAUGAGUGUCGCAUAUCUGAGCGUUUAAUUGAUUUGAUGAAUCGUACUCACUAUGAACUAGUUCAAGAGAAUGGACAGCGACGUUUGACAGCACCAGAACUCACCAAGGAGUACCGCGACCGGAUCAAAGGAGCUGAAGUUUUUCUGGGACGUCUGCCACGAAACUGCUACGAGGAUGAACUGAUGCCGGUGUUGGAAAAAGCUGGACGUCUGCUGGAGCUAAGAUUGAUGCUCGACUUCUCUGGGACAACCCGCGGCUACGCGUUUGCACUCUACGAAGAUGCCAAGACUGCGCGACGUGCUCGCUCUAUGCUUGACGGCUACUCAAUUCGUCCUGGACACAAGAUCGGGGUCGUUAAGUCAAUUGAUAACUGCCGUCUAUUUUUUGGUGGUGUUCCUAAAGACAAAACAAAGGCUGAGUUUGCUGAAGAGUUGGGUAAAAUUCUUGAUGGAAUUUCUGACAUUUAUUUGUACCCGAAUGCUCAGGAUCGAACACAGAAUCGUGGAUUUAUUUUUGUUGAGUUCAAAGACCAUCGGUCAGCUGCCAUGGCGAGACGUAAACUCAUUCCUGGUAGAGUUAUUCUGUGGGAUCAUGAAGUUGCUGUUGAUUGGGCAGAUCCUGAACCAGGUGAAUCUCUUGAUGAAGAAGUUAUGGAAAAUGUAACUGCUUUGUUUGUAAGAAAUUUACCUCUAGAACUUCCUCAUCAAAAAGUCCGUGAAAUUUUUCAUAAAGUAACUGGUAUUCCUAUUCUUAAAUUGAAAAAAAUAAAUCACUUUGCUUUUGUUCAUUACGAGUCACGUGAAAUGGCUAAGAAAGUACUCGAGAUUGCAAAUGUUCCUGGUGGAAUUGCUGAGCAACACAACUGGGAGGUAUGUUGGGCGAAGCCAAUUGGCUCAUCAAAAAUUUUAGAAAGACAGCGCGCGAUUAGAGAAGCAGUAGCUGGAGCAAAUUCAGGUGACAGUCAGCAGUUUCAAAAUAGCAAACAACCGACCGGCACUUACAAUAAACGUCACACUGCAAAAAAGAACAAACACGGCGAGCCACUGAGUCCUAGUGUCAAUUCCAUUUCACCCUCAACUUUGAACCGCUCACCGGAAAUCACACGUGCUACAAUAGCUCCAAUCAGCCCACCACGUCCUAUUCCUACCAAUGAUAAGAAAAUUUUAGAGGACUUUAUUACACAGAAAUUAGGGGCGCAAUGUCACUUCAUUUGUGUCCCGGUAGUCAUGCCACCCGGAUUUAUUUGCAAGAUCUUAAUAAUUCGUAAUCAACAAAUCAUGUACGAGUUUCAAGGCGGGCUUUAUUCAACACAAGAUCAAGCAAUUAAUGUGACAUCAAGAGUCGUGUACCAUCAACUUGUCAACAAUAUCACUAAGCCUAUCAUGGUUCAACCAGUCGCCUACGCGCACACUAAUAUCAUGCCUAGUCGCAUGGAAGCCUGCCAUUAAGUCAAAUUUUUAAUUAUUUUUUAUUUAUUAUAUUUUUACUCAUUAAUAUCUUUUACUUACUUUUUGAUAAUUUAAAUAUUUUUUUAUACUAUAAAUUUAUAAACUAAAAUUAAUCAUUAACUAGAAACUUAUGAGCUAUUAUAAUAUUUUUAAAUCAGUGAAUGCUCUAUCCAAAGAAUCUUAGAUUGUAGCUCAGUAUUUUCUAGCAAUUAAUUAUAAACUAAUUAUCAUUGUUGCAGUACUACUUCCUAUAUUUCUAUAUAUAUGAGUAGAAAUAUUUAAAAAAAUGAAUCAUUGUUUACUUUAGUAGUUCAAAUAAUUUUAAGUAUUUGUGUUGUCAAAAGUUAUUUUAAUAAUUCAGCCAAUGAAUUUUUAUUUUGCAUUUUUUAUUUUUAUUAAUUGACGUAAUAGUUAAUUGAAACGUAAAUAACAAUAUUUUAUAAAUUACUAUUUUAUUAAUAGAACAUCAUUGUGAUUUAGUUGUUUCAAUGUCAGAGACGUUAACAUGCAUGGACCUCGAACGGUCAAAAAAAAGUAUCAAAACACAAUAAAUUAAAUGUUAAAAAUAUAUAUUAUUUUGAAUUCGUAGAUAUAUUUAUUAUUUAAAUUUAUGAGCUCUGCUAAAUGUAUUUGUAUUUUGGUCAACCGAACAUAUAAUUUACUUGAUAAAAAAAAAAAAAUGUAAACCAGCAAUAAAAUGAAUGAAUUAAAAGAUAUAUUCUGUUGCAUGAUUAAAUAUUUAAAUAGUGACAGCAAGAUGUCAAUUUGUUGUAUACUUUUAUACCAUAUUCUAAUUUAAACGUAACGCCAGUUACUAUAAAUAUAUAUGUGUGAUCGUAAGUUAAUCUCUUGGAGAAUUUAAAAGCAACUUGUUGCCAGAGAUCUUUGGCAUCGUCCAUACAACUCAUGCGCUGGCUCUUACGUUAAUUUACACUAAAUUUUCAACCGACUAUUUUUGUAAUUUUAAAAAAAUAUUUAACACGAACAAAACAAUCAUCAACAUGACCCUUGAAUUGUUAUAAUUAAAACUUGCGAAUACUAAAACAUUUAAUGAAUCAGUCGUGAAAACUAGAACACACUGACCCUGCCAACAUGAAUAUUAAACAUUUUAUUUAAUUUAAGGCCAAUUGUUAAGCUGCUUUUGCUUUUUUUUACAUCAUUAAUUAUUGCGUAUACAAUAAUACCACUAAUAUGUUAGAAUAUAUAUAAAUAUUAAAUACUUAGUAAUCGUCAAUCGUCAUUUGGAUUCUGAGUUCAUAAGUUAUCAGUCAAUAAUAUUAUUACUUAAUACUUUUAGUUACACUUAUUAUCCGCGAUUCAAUGAGUCAUAUUUAUUAAAUUAAUUAUCACAUUACCCGAUAAUAAAAUGUAUUCAUUUCUCUUAUUACGUUUUUUUUUGUCAUCAUACUUUUUUUUUCAACUAAAAAUAAACUGUCGCAGUGAAAAAAUUUUUUGUUUGAAAUUUAAUAUAAAAUUUUUCAUACUUAAAAAUAGAUAAAAAAAAAUUUAUCAAAGGUCAUGCAAAGCAGACCAAAAACAUCCGGAGAUACAAAUUGAAAUGUUAUAAAAAUAAUCAAAAGCAAUAAAUUAUCAUUGGGAAUAAAUAAAAUAAAAAUACAGUAGGCAAGUACUCGAGUUUAAAUUUGAAAUGCGUCAGUAAAAUAAUUUAAAGUUUUUAAAUCACACGCAUAUUUAUCAUAUAUGUAUUUUUAAAUUAUACGAUAUAUAUUUGUAUUA